AUGGUCACGAAAAAGGGCACCUCGCCAAUGCAAUUACUGCUAUUUGGAUUGCUCGCUACAACAAUCUCGCCAACGCAGGCCGUUGGCAUCUUGUUGCCGCGGAGCGACGACACCUGUCCCAGCGACUACACGCAAUGCUCUGGUAGCAACCUCCCCAGCACAUUCUGCUGUCCCAGCACCUCAACCUGCAUCAGUCUCGACGACUCCAGCUCAGCCAUCUGCUGUCCAGCCGGGCAAAGCUGCGACUACAUCGAGCCGAUAACCUGCGACGUGCAGCUGCAGAACGCAACCUCGCACCCCAAGAACAGCGUGCACACCACCCGCCUCGACGAAAGCCUGGCCAAGUGCGGCUCGAAAUGCUGUCCAUUCGGCUACACCUGCACAGGUAACUCGCUCUGCAGCCUGGACACAUCGACCGCAUCGACUGCAACAGCAUCAACCACAAAGCCCACCGCAACGAUCUCCUCCACCGCAUCAACCACAUCCUCCUCGACGCCGUCCUCCCUGGCAACAGCCAUCUCCGCCACGGACCCCCGCGUCUCGAAAUCCUCCACCACCUCCCAAGACACAAACACGAACACAACAGCAUCCCCACUUACCUGCCCGCAAUACCCAACAGCGGCGAUCCUCGCCGGCUUCUUCCCGGGCAUGCUCCUCGGCGUAACCGCCACCCUCCUCUCCCUAGUCCUCUACCGCACCUACCGCCGCAAACACCAGCCAGCGUCCGCCAAAGUCGCCCAGUUCACGCGCCGCUCAUCCAAGGGCACGCUCAUCGGGAUCUCCUCGCCCAUGCCCUCAGACGAGACCGCCUACCGCACGGACUUCCUCCUCCGACGCACGCAAUCGCGGGCCUCGAAAGCAACAACAGCAACUAGCCGCUCGCGCUCGCGCUCCCGCUCGAUGAUCCAAAAGACCGGCGGCCGGGUGCGGAGUCUGUUCAACCCGCACAACCCCGCAGGGGUCAAUAGCUCUGCGCCGGUGAUUCCGGCGUUGCCCAGAACAGAGAGUAUCCGCGUGUAUACGCCUCCCGGCGUGUUUGCGACGACGGGAGUCCUGAAGCCGGAUGCGUAUCCCACAAAUCCGCGGGCGAUGGGAGCGUUUUCCGAGGAUGGGCAGGGGGCUGGUGGGGGGUUGAGUAGGGGGAAUUCGAGGUUGGGGUCGCAGCGCGGGUAG